UCAAAGGCACAUGUCCUGUUUGGCAUAUCUGUCACCGCUUUCUAUUUCCUCUCCUGCUUCUUUAUACACAAAAGCGCACCUUUGCGCAGCUCACGGCACAGGCGACAAUCGGAGAAGAAAGGCGACUGAGCGAUGUCCGUGACAAUGGCCGCUGUCGUGUGGCUGACCCUGCUCGCACUUUCUUUGACAACAAGCACCGGGCGCGCGACGACUGUACAACAGACUCCAAAAGUAAAAGAGGUGACACCAGACCAGAAUAUCAACAUCACUUGUUACAUCAGUUUGACGGAGCUUGACAUGCUGUGUCUACGAAGACUGUACACCAACCCAGGCAAAAUAGCUUGUGUUCAUAAAAAAUCUGAUCCAGUCAUCGAUGCAACAUAUUUAAACCGAACAAACAUCAUAAAAGAGUUUCCAAAUACAAUCAUUACAAUCAGCAAAUUACAAGAAAAUGACACCGAUGUGUACAUGUGCGAGUAUUCCCAGAUUAAUAUGAAGACGUACGCAAUGGAAACCUUCAAUGGCACUGGCACGCUCAUUAUAGUUAAAGAUAUCAAGACACCAGAAGAUCAGUGCAGCGAUGUACAAAUGCCAGACCUGUUAACCAUGCUGAUCGUCACCUUGAGUUCAGCAGUCAUCAUUUUGGUGAUUGUGUUUUUUGCUAUAUUCGUUUCUAAAACAGAUUUGAUCAAGAAGCUGUGUUCCAAGAAGCCAUCAAAAGAGGCUGUUUAUGAAGAAAUGAUCAAAAUAUAGCGGCACCCAAGACCAGAGGAAGUGCAUCUUUGACCGCGUGCAGCAAUUUCUAUUUUCUAGACUUUCUGGGUCACUUGAACUGUACACCACAUUAACAUGUGGCUUUGGCCCUUGUUGUGCACAUAAAGACU